AGACUUUUGUACUCUUGAAGCAGCAGUUCUUCUCUGUAUAUUCAGGGAAGAGCAGAUAUAGUGGUUGGUAGUGGUAAUAUACUAUGGCAAAUAGAGAAGGAAUAGAGAGUUUCGUAUUAGUACACAACAUAGCAAAGAGACAUAAUAUAGGAACAAUGGCCAGAAGUGCAACUGCAUUUGGUGUAUCAGAAUUCAUAUUAGUUGGUCGUAGAGAUUUCAAUGCUUUUGGUAGUCAUGGUUCUACUUCUCAUGUCAAAUUUCGUCACUUCCACUCUCUCACUGAAGCUCGUACUUACUUAAAGGAAGAGAAAGAUUGUGACAUAUGUGGCGUUGAGAUUGCUGAUGGGGCUUCCCCUGUGAAUCAACAUCCUUUUCGUAAAAAUACAGCCUUUUUGCUUGGUAAUGAGGGAACUGGUCUUUCGGCAAAGGAGUGUGAGAUUUGUGAUUUCUUUGUUUACAUUCCACAGUAUGGAUGUGGAACUGCUUCGUUGAAUGUUACUGUAGCAGCUUCAAUUGUUCUGCACCAUUUUGGAGUUUGGGCAGGAUUUUCUGAAAGAUCUCGUGAUGGGAACAAAUUUGUUGUAGCUGAGAGGCCUGCAAAGCAAGGCAGGCGAAAUUUCUGUGCAGAAGAAGCGGAAUCUGUCAUAGAAGAACGGAGGAUUAAGAAGGAAAAUGCUUCCCAUGAUUUUCUUGACGAGAAUGGAACUAGUGAUUCUCCCUCUAACAUGAUGGAUACAUUGUUUGGUGAUUCAUGAUGGCAAGGUACUAGAGUGUCAGAUCCCGUGCCUUUUGUGCCAACAUAAAUUUAGCCAAAAUGAACAUUGCUGCUUGCUGGUCCAUGCUUGUUCUCCGCCAUGAAGUCAAACAAUUGCAUACUACAGCAAGUGCUAUGCAUGGCGAGAAGGUAUAAGGCUUAAAGUCGGAAAAUAUGUAGGGUUAAAAUGACUCUAGGCUCUUGGGAUUGAUUUUUUUUUUUGUGGAUUGCUAGUCCACCGAAGGCUUAUACAGUUUGAUGCAACUCUCAGAAAUUUUGUUUACUAUCAUCCUUUGUUCUGAUGUUGAGUACUCAUUUUCCCUGCAAGCUGUCAGGGUGAAGAUUGUUAUUUUUUGUUGAAAUUUAUAAAUCAGAUUUUGUCU